AUGGCUGGGGUGCCGAUGCUCCCCCCCGUCACGAGAUCUCAAUUGGAAAAGGUCCAGCCGGCCUACCAGCCUACACGCGUGGACCUACAGCAAUUGAAGUCGGAGAACCAGGCCCCCGCCCCGCGACAGGUUCCUACGGCUUCGGGGAGCGGUGCUGAUGUGGUUGGUGGUGGCUACCAGCCCAUCGGUAAGGUCGACAUUGCAGCAAUUCGGCGACAAGCGGCCUCGUCGGGUGAGACGAAAGAUGAUCGUCCUGCCAUUGUCAAGGGCUCCUACGAGCCGGUGGGCAAGGUGGACAUUGCAGCCAUUCGGGCCAGAGCUCAGAAGCCGGAAGAUGCCCCCGAGCCCACCAGGAGCCCUGCCCCUGCCCCUGCCCCUGUUCCUCAGAAUGAGCCAGUGAAUCUGCCCGUGCGACCGGCUGUCGGUGAGAGCUCCUCCGAGCGACUGACAUCUUUGCCCAAGCCCAAGGUUGCCAACAAAUUCGGAGGGGGCCCGUCGUUUGGUGGCACCAAGCCGCCGCUUCCCUCGGGAUCCUCCUCGGCCGCUGCUGCCGCCUCGCAGAUCGGCAGCGCCAGCCGUACCUUUGCCGACCAGGGAGGCAAGACUCCAGCCCAGCUCUGGGCGGAGCGCAAGGCCAAGGAGCGUGGUGAAGCUCCCGCCCCCUCCGCCGAACCAUCGCAGCCCAUCCAGAGCCAGGCCAGCGGUCAGAACGAGUGGAAGAGUUCUUACGCUGGCAAGUCUUGGGCUACCGUCCAAACUGUGCAGGAUAGAGCAGCCCCAGAAGUGGCUGAUGUCAGAGCCGGUGAACCUGCCGACGCAGCGGAACCUCCCUCUCACGUCCAUGAUGUUCGCGACCAGUUCGCCCAGGAGCCCGCGCAACCCGCUCCUCCUCCCGUUCCCCAGGCCAAUCGUCCCGUCCCAGCUCCCGUUCCUGUCCCCAUUCCGGUGCCUGGAUUAUCUGCUGGGCCUACCGAGCCCACGGAGCCGGAAGAGGAAGAGCAUGAUCGUCACCAAGAGCUCCCUACUCCUCCCCCGCAACCGCGCUCCCCCACUCCCCCCACUCCUCCCGUUCGUGAGAGCUCCCCCAUCCAAGUCGCUAUGCCCGUCGGCCGAGGCGUGGAAGAGUCCGUGGCAGAUGCUCACGAGGAGCAACACUCUCCUCCUCCUGUGAUGCCCGUCCGCAGCCUUCAGGAGAUCGUUCCUGAUGAGAGGGAUCUCGAGGAGACUCAGGACCUUGGCCGAGCUGCCGCUGAAGCUACCGUCGAUCAUUCCCAGGGCGGAAUCCGGGCUCAGGUGCAGUUCGACUACGAGAAGGCCGAGGACAACGAAAUCGAACUUCGAGAGGGAGAAUUCGUGACCGAGAUUGAGAUGGUUGACAAGGAUUGGUGGCUGGGUGUCAACGCUCGUGGUGAGCACGGUCUCUUCCCUGGCAACUAUGUUGAGGUUGUGGAGGAUGACCAGGCCGGUGCGCCCAUCCAUGAACACGCCCAUGAGGCUGUCCGUGAGCCAUCGCCCGAACCGGAGCAUGUCCCUGUCCCUGCGCCUGUUCCCGCUGCUGUUCCCGCACCACCCCCGGCCGCACCAACCAGCUCGAAGGCCCAGACAGCGACUGCGCUAUACGACUACGAGGCAGCAGAAGACAACGAGAUCAGUUUCCCUGAGAACGCGAAGAUUCAGAACGUGGAAUUCCCCGAUGACGAUUGGUGGCUUGGAGAGUACCACGGCAAACAGGGAUUGUUCCUGCGAACUACGUCCAGCUGGAUUAGAUAUGCCUGCCCCUGUUCUCCUGUAUUGAUUCAUUCCCUCUCAAUUCCGUCCUCUUCCUUUCGGGCUUUCGGUCCCUUCUGUCCUUCCAUCAUGGCUGCGCUGGGCGAGGAUCUGCUCGUCACCGUGAACAAGCUCCAGGACCUGGUCUUUAACACCAUUGGCAAUGAUUCCCUCGAUUUGCCGCAGAUCGUCGUCGUCGGUUCCCAAUCCUCCGGCAAGUCUUCAGUCUUAGAGAACAUCGUCGGACGGGAUUUUCUACCACGUGGAAGUGGCAUCGUCACUCGUCGCCCAUUGAUUCUACAACUUAUCAACAUCGCCAGCGACCGCGACGAGCAACAUGACCAUGACGAGAUCAAUGUCCCUCACACCGCGGCCAGCGUGGCCGGCCAUUCGGAAUGGGCUGAAUUCCACCACCAACCCGGCCGCAAGUUUGACGACUUCGGCCAGGUGAAGCAGGAAAUUGAGGCGGAGACUGCACGUAUCGCUGGAAGCAACAAGGGCAUCAACCGACAACCCAUCAACCUCAAAAUCUUCUCCCCUCAUGUCCUCAACCUGACCCUGGUCGAUUUGCCCGGUCUCACCAAGGUGCCCAUUGGCGAUCAACCAUCCGACAUCGAGAAACAAACGCGUACCCUCAUCCUGGAAUACAUUGCCAAGCCCAACAGUAUCAUCCUGGCAGUUUCCCCGGCCAAUGUCGACUUGGUCAAUUCGGAGGCCCUGAAGCUCGCCCGACAAGUGGAUGCCAUGGGCCGGAGGACGAUCGGCGUGCUGUCCAAGCUGGAUCUCAUGGACCACGGCACCAAUGCGAUGGAUAUUCUGUCCGGUCGCGUCUACCCAUUGAAACUGGGCUUUAUCGGUGUUGUCAACCGGUCUCAGCAGGAUAUCCAGUCUGGCAAGGAGCUCGCGGAUGCCCUCCGCGCCGAGGCCGACUUCUUCCGUCACCACCCUGCGUAUCGCAACAUGGCCAACCGAUGUGGAACACAGUUCUUAGCCAAGACCCUCAAUUCAACUCUGAUGGCUCAUAUUCGUGACCGACUACCCGAUAUCAAGGCCCGCCUCAACACCCUGAUGGGACAGACCCAACAAGAAUUGGCAAGCUACGGCAACAAGCAAUUCAGUGGACCGGAACACCGAGGAUCGUUGAUUCUGCAGCUGAUGACCCGAUUCGCCUCCUCCUUCAUCUCAUCUAUUGACGGAACCUCCUCCGAAAUUUCGACCAAGGAGCUCUGCGGUGGAGCUCGGAUCUACUAUAUUUUCAACGAAGUCUUUGGAAACUCCCUCGAAACCAUCGACCCUACCCAUAACCUGACUGUCUCGGAUAUCCGCACCGCCAUCCGCAACUCCACAGGUCCCCGACCCAGUCUUUUCGUGCCAGAGCUUGCAUUCGACCUGCUAGUCAAGCCCCAAAUCAAGCUGCUCGAGUCCCCCGCCCAGCGCUGUGUCGAGCUUGUUUACGAAGAGCUGAUCAAGAUUUGCCACACAUGCGGCUCGCAAGAACUUCUCCGCUUCCCUCGUCUCCAGGGCAAACUGAUCGAAGUCGUAUCCGACCUCCUCCGCGAACGUCUGGGCCCUUGCGCAGGCUAUGUCGAGUCUCUCAUCUCCAUCCAACGAGCCUACAUCAACACAAACCAUCCCAACUUCCCCGGCGCGGCAGCAGCCAUGGCCUCAAUCAUUCAGAACAAGCAAGAAGAAGAGCGCAAAGCCGUUCUAGCCGAGGAGAAGCGCAAGCGCGAGAAGCGACGAAUGAAGGAACUCGGCACGGCGAACGGUGCUGCCGGCGGCCCGGAAGAAGAGGACACCCAAUCCGAGAAGAACCACCUCCCGAUCCGUAGCCAGUCGACAAAGGGUGGACGCAGCUUGUCACCCAAUGUAGGCCGCGGCGCGGAGAAUGGUAUCGCGGCCACCUUGAACGGCACUUAUGGGCAGAAUCACACGACUGGUUUCGGUGGUCAACCUUCUACCCGCGACUCUUUCUUGAAUUACUUCUUCAGCAACGGUGGUGCCGGUGCUGGUACAAGUACCGGUACACCCGUGCCAAACCGAUCAGCGCACUCGGCCGAGCCUACUAUCAGCCAGAGCCUCCGUCGUUCGGAAAUGCGGUCUCCGCCCAUGCAGGCUGAGGAGUAUCCGGCUCCAAUCGAGUUUGGUGAUGGGUCUCUUUUCCCUCACGAAAACGCCGAACCAACCCUCACAGACAGAGAAAUGCUAGAAACAGAACUAAUCCGCCGCCUAAUCUCCUCCUACUUCCACAUUGUCCGCGAAACCAUCGCUGACCAAGUCCCCAAAGCAAUCAUGCACCUGCUAGUGAACCACAGCAAGGACGUUGUGCAGAACCGACUGGUCAGCGAAUUAUACAAGGAAGAUCUCUUUGGCGAAUUGCUUUACGAGGAUGAUGGGAUUAAGGCUGAGAGGGAGAAGUGUGAGAGGUUGUUGGAGACAUAUAAGGAGGCUGCUAAGAUUGUUGGUGAGGUUUUAUAG